AUGAGGAAAAUACUGUUGAGGAACACAAUCACAGCCUCAAAAAAUGCCAACUGCCUGACAUUUUCUGAUUCCACAACAACAAUUAUCCCAUUCUUUCACUCCCAGAAACAUAAAGCACCUUUAAAAGAAACUCCAACAGAUAACCUGGACGAACCUGAAAGCAGUCCUGAAGAAGACCUACUCUGCAGUCACUUAAAUUCACCCGGUACAUCCGAAUUUCUGUCCAACAUUUUGUUUUACAUCAGUGGUUACAUUGUUUUCAAACUGGUCAAAAAACUAUCGUGUGAAUCAUGCAAGCGAUGUCUACUUUCUCACUUCAACUCUGAAACUUCAGACCAUGAUUACUGUGCUAUGAAUUAUAGUCAAAUUGCACCUGCAUCAGCAUUCACAUUAUUUGUGAACAAUGGUGGCCUAAAAAUACCGUCACAGUCUGUUUAUAACAUUAUUGAAUUUGCUGAAAAAUUAUUUAAAGUAAAUGUUUGCAAAGAUGGUCUCAAAAUUUCAAGAGAAAACAAGUUAAAGCAGAAGCUGGUUCUGAGUGUGUGUAACCAUUUUGUAUGGAUUCAACCCACCAAAUUUUCCAAGAUCACGAUCAGGAAUCGCAAGACAAUUCACUUGAAGAAAAUCACCGGUCAUCCCUUAUCAAAUUAA